GUAUGACAAUGACAUUUGAUUUCUUUUGAGAAAAUCUCUCGGGAGAUCUAGUGAAAAUGAAGAAGUGAAAAGUGGAAAAACUAGUAAAAGUGCAAUUAAAAUGUUAAUGUAGUUUGUGUUUUAAGACUUUCUAUUCCUUCGCCUAACUUUUCAUUGGAUCUUGGACUUUUACCAAAUUAUAAAUUGUUUGUUUUGCCUAUCAAAACAUUACCUGAAUUUUCAUUUUUCAUUCAGUAAUUUUUUUGAAGCCGGAAAAUAUUUGUCAGACUUAAACAUAAUAUUUGUUUACAUCUAUCGUUCAAAUAGUUCUGUGAUAUUCAUUGUUAAGGUUCAUAGGUUUAUUGCAACUAUAUAUUAUAUAUAAUUUUUUACUAUAUUCUGAGUGUCUGAAAUGAUAAACAUGAUAAAAUUAAUAUCACGUGUUUAUUCUCUGCGGCCACGCCUCUCAGCGUCUUACAGCGUGACACAAUCAGUGAUUGAGACUGGAAAGAGGCCCAAGACUGGCAUCGUCAUGUUAAAUAUGGGAGGCCCAGAGACCACAGAUCAGGUCAAAGAUUACCUACUCCGCAUCAUGACAGACCGGGACAUGAUCCAGCUGCCGGUGCAGAGUAGGCUGGGGCCCUGGAUCGCGAACAGGAGAACUGAGGAAGUACAAAAGAAGUACGCGGAGAUUGGAGGGGGAUCGCCUAUACUUAAAUGGACUAAUACACAAGGUAGAAUGCUAACGGAGGCCCUGGACCAAAUGCUGCCCGAGUCGGCUCCCCACAAGCACUACGUAGCGUUCAGAUACGUGCCGCCGUUCACGGCAGACGCGUUCACACAGUUGGAGAGGGACGGUGUCCAGAGAGCUGUGAUCUUCUCGCAGUACCCUCAAUACAGUUGUGCUACUACCGGCUCCAGUAUGAAUGCUAUAGCGGAUUUUUACAAAAACAGAAAGAUUCCAGAAAAUGUGAAGUUCAGCCUGAUCGAGCGGUGGGCGGGUCACCCGCUGUUGGCGCGAGUGUUCGCGGAGCGCAUCUCGGAGAACCUGCACAGGUUCGAUUCCCGGGUCAGGGACAACGUGCUCAUACUGUUCACGGCGCACAGUCUACCGUUGAAGGCCGUGUCGCGGGGGGACACCUACCCCCACGAGGUGGCAGCAACCGUGGCAGCCACCAUGAGCGCCCUGAGCGUGCCCAACCCCCACAGGCUGGUGUGGCAGUCCAAAGUGGGCCCCCUACCUUGGCUACAGCCCUAUACCGAUGACGCUAUUAAGGCGUACGCAAAGCAAGGGCGCAAGCAUAUAAUACUGGUGCCAAUAGCGUUUGUGAACGAGCACAUUGAGACUUUACACGAAUUGGACAUCGAGUACUGUGACGAGGUCGCCAAGGAGGCGGGCGUGGAACAAAUAGAACGAGUGGCGACUCCCAACGACCAUCCCACGUUCAUAGCGGCGUUGGCGGACGUUGUGGCGAACCAUCUGAAGAAUGGGCCCAAACUCAGCAACCAAUUCCUGACCAGAUGUCCCCACUGCGUCAGUGCGCGAUGUCAAUCAUCCAAACAAUUCUUCAAGCAGCUCAUAAGUGGUGUUAUCAGUGAAUAAAUUGUACAAAAAUA